GAGGCGGGCGGAGGCGACGGCGGCGGCAGCGUCCGCACCGGAACCGGGACGGGCCGAGCCCUGCCGAGCGUGUCCGAGCGAUUCCGAGCAGCUCCGAACCUGCCCGAGCGGUUCCGAGUGUUUCCGAACCGGCCGGCGUGGCGUCCGCCCGGGCCGAGCCGAGCGGUUCCGAGUGUUUCCGAACGUGCUCGAGCGUUUCGAGCGGUUCCGAGCGGGCCCGAGCAGGGCCGCACCGGGCCCCGCGCCCGCCCCACUGCCGCUCCCUCCGCCAUCCAGCCAGUAAUUUUCCAAGCCCAGCCGGCGCUUCUUGGCUGAGCCCGCAGAAUCGGCGGGGCCAUGGGAGACAAAGGCACCCGGGUGUUUAAGAAAGCCAGUCCUAAUGGGAAGCUCACUGUCUACCUUGGGAAGAGGGAUUUCGUGGACCACAUCAAUGUGGUGGACCCCGUGGAUGGAGUAGUGCUGGUGGAUCCUGAAUACCUGAAGGAGAGAAAAGUCUUUGUGACAUUGACCUGCGCCUUCCGCUAUGGCCGUGAGGACCUGGAUGUUCUGGGGCUGACCUUCCGCAAGGACCUGUUCGUGGCCAACUCCCAGGCUUUCCCCCCGGUCCCCGAGGACAAAAAGCCCCUGACACGGCUGCAGGAGCGGCUCAUCAAGAAGCUGGGCGAGCACGCCUACCCCUUCACCUUCGAGAUCCCCCCCAACUUGCCUUGCUCCGUCACACUGCAGCCAGGCCCAGAGGACACGGGGAAGGCCUGUGGAGUGGACUACGAGGUUAAAGCUUUCUGUGCUGAGAACCUGGAGGAGAAGAUCCACAAGAGGAACUCGGUGCGCCUGGUGAUCCGUAAGGUCCAGUAUGCACCAGAGAGACCUGGCCCCCAGCCCAUGGCAGAGACCACCCGGCAGUUCCUCAUGUCAGACAAACCGCUGCACCUUGAGGCAUCCCUGGACAAAGAGAUAUACUACCACGGGGAGCCCAUCAGUGUCAACGUGCAUGUCACCAACAACACCAACAAGACCGUGAAGAAAAUCAAGAUCUCAGUGCGCCAGUAUGCUGACAUCUGCCUCUUCAACACUGCCCAGUACAAGUGCCCAGUGGCUGUGGAGGAUGCUGAUGAUAUGGUGGCCCCGAGCUCGACGUUCUGCAAAGUCUACACCCUGACCCCCUUCCUUGCCAACAACCGGGAGAAGCGGGGGCUGGCGCUGGAUGGGAAGCUCAAGCAUGAGGACACCAACCUGGCCUCCAGCACGCUAUUAAGAGAUGGAGCCAACAAGGAAAUCCUGGGCAUCAUUGUCUCCUACAAGGUGAAGGUGAAGCUGGUGGUUUCACGAGGAGGCCUGCUGGGAGACCUCGCCUCCAGCGAUGUUGCAGUGGAGCUGCCCUUCACGCUGAUGCAUCCCAAACCCAGGGAGGAACCAGUACACCGGGACAGUGAGUGUUUGUCCCUGCGUGACAAGGCCAGCAUCCCUGGCGUUCCAGAGAAUGAAGCGCCCAUAGAUACAAAUCUGAUAGAGCUUGAUACAAAUGAUGAUGACAUUGUGUUUGAAGACUUUGCCCGCCAGCGACUGAAAGGCAUGAAGGAUGACAAAGAGGAUGAGGAGGAGCGGACAAAUUCCCCGCAGCUCAACGACAGAUAAGCGAGCCCCCCGCAGCUCGCCACCCUGCCCCAGGGACACCCCUACAUUAGGCUGCUUCUCUUUUCUAUAAUUAAUUAAUUUUGUUUUCUACCUGUACUGGGAGCCUACCAAUUGCCCGAUGGCCACAGGACCUAUAACCAUCCAGCUGUGCCGUGUUGUCUCUUCAUCCAGCUGCCAGAGCUGCUGUUUCCCAUGCAGGGCACGGACGGGGAGGUGAGGAGGCAGUGGGGCUCACUGUAAUUCCGUCCCUGUCCAGCCUCCUGUCACUUACUAGAGCCUUUUCCUAUGAGAUGCCCCUUUUAUGAGUUUUAUGUAAGCCCAAUCUCAAUACCAGUUUGCUACAGGGAGAGUGGAUGCAGCAGAAUUGUGGGGGAGGUGUUUUUUUUAGGCAGCCUUCUCAUGGGAAAAGGCACCUGUGCACCUCAGUGUCCCCUCCUUUCACCCAUGGCCAAUCCCCCUCUGUCCAGCCCUGCUGCGUAUGUUCCCUCUCUGGGAUGCUCGAGCCUGGCUUUGACUUUAGCCCCUACCCCAGCUGCUCCAAACAAAGGGGAUGGGCAGCACCUGCCCUUUUCUUCCCCCAAGUCCCCCCACAGUGGCCAACCCCAGGGGUCCUCCCAGCUGCAUCUGUUUUCACACCAGUAUAAUCUCCCUGGAGGAAACUAGCUCAGAGCUGGGAGCUGCUGGUGCCAGGUUACAGUGGUAGAGGGGACCCUGUGGGUCUGUGCCAUCCACCACUUACUGCUUGGUCUGGGAGAGGCCUCAAAUACCUCUUCACAGCCAUGGCAAUAUUGUGGCAGAAUAGCCUUGUCCCCAGCAGGAUGUUGCCAGGGUUACUUUUGUCCUGCCAAGCUGCAAAGCCCCCCUGGUUGAUGUUUCACUCUGCCUGCAUGGGAUCUAGCACCUCUUUGGGGGUAGAGGAGAAUCAGGGCUUUUGCCACCCUAAUCAAUAUUUCAACAGAUGCUUGUACCUCCCGUAUUGGUGGUGCCUGGACCUCCUCCCCCCUCCAAGGGUCUCUGGUCUCCCACCACUCACUGAGAGGCCAUUCCCACUAUUUAUUGUGCUGUUGCAGUCAUCAUCAUCUGAGAGCAUUUUGAAGGGAUAGCUCCAUCUCCCUCACCCAGUUUGUGGGGUGCUGAGCUGAGCCCACCUCCCUCCCCCCGUAAUUUUUGGGUAAAGCUGAUGGGCAGCGUGGUACUUCUUUUUGUAAAGUGGUUCCUUUGUACUGAUCAUUGAUACCUGCUGCUUUGGUUUCUCCACCCUGUCUGUGAUGUUUCUGUGUUCUGUCAAAUAAAUUAUUCUAGUUUAUUAAACUCAGAAAAAAAAAAAAAAGAAAAAAGAGUAAAAUACA